CGCAUCCACGCCGCCCGGCUCGUGUGGCGACGCCUGCACAAGCAGCUGCCCAGACUGCGGCUCAGCAGCCGGCUCCGCGGCGCGGUGGUGCAGGCCACGGUCGUUGCCUCCCUGCUGUACGCCUCCGAGGUUCGCCCAUUCUCCCCUGCGUCAUUGAAGGCCUACCAGGUUUUCCUGAACCGGGCCAUCCGCGGCAUCACCUUUGAUCGACGUAGAGGCGGCACCCGCGCCAUGGAGGGCGUGUGCACCAGUACAGACCUGAGGAUCGAGGCCGGGAUCGACGCCGUCCCGGUGCAGGUGCUGAAACGGCAGCUUGGGUAUCUCGGACACCUCGCCCGCUACCCCAACGAUCGCCUCGAGCAGCACACGCUCGGCCUGUGGCUCGCUCCGCCCCCGGAGGCUCAGGAGGGUGCCGGGCCUCUGGCCUCCCGUUGCCCCACGCUCAGGGACACUUACUGGAAGCGGAUCGUCAGCGUCAUGGGCCUCACAGGCAUGCCAGAGGAGGAAUGGCCCGUGCGCUGGAUGGAGGUCGCACGCGACCGGCGUGAGUGGAAACGCCUCUCCGACACCUUGGUGUGGCACGAGCGCCAGAGGUGUGACGCCGACACUUGGACCAACAGACACUCUGAGAGCGCCACCGCCUACAGAGCCGAAUUGCAGGGCGCGCAGAGAUGCCCCCGCACCGGCGAGCAACGCUGCCCCCGCUGCGGGGUCUGGUGCGCGAAACUGGGCAAUCAUCUUCGGACCUGCGACGGCACCCCGCCGCCGGCUGGCCGUCUCGCGCCACGUUUUGUCGACGGACAGCAGGACGGCAUGCGGAUUCGCCCAGACCGCCGCAAGGCGCAACAGCAGCACCGGCCCCUCACGUGGACGACGCCUACGCUGGCGGAGCUGGAGGCCGGGGCGCCUGGGGCGCGAGCUUGCGCCCUACCUGAAAGACGGCUCCGGGUGCAAUGCGAUCUCCGCCGUGCCGCAGCUGGGCUCCCCAGGGUCGGACCGGCAGGGGCGGCCGUCCAUGGCUGCAACUGGCGGGGGAGCCGGGGCCGCGGACGGGCUCGCAGCUGCGCGCGCGGCCGUGGCGGCGCGCCGCCAGCGGGCCGGGGACGCGGAGCAGGUUCGCGGGGAGGCGCCGGCGCGCCGGCGCGUGCAGCCCCGAGGCUUGCCGCGGGAGGCGCCCGCGCCGGCCGCGGCCGCGGCGGCAGGAGAUGCCGCCAUGCCGCAGGCCGCCGGGCAGCUGGCCCUGCCAGACCCCGCUGCGCCCGCCCCCGCCGGGCGGCUGGCCCUGCCGGCCCCCGCUGCGCCCCGGGCGGCUGCUUCCGCUGCUGGCGCUGCUGGCGGCGCUCCCGCUGCUGCCCCCGCCCCCGCUGCCCCCGGCGGCGGCGCGGCCCGGCCAGCCGGCAAGGGCGGCGCCAAGGGCGGCCGCAGGCGAGGAGGCGGCGGUGGCGGCCAGGGCGCAGGCGGCGGCAAGGGCAAGGGGCACGGCGGCAAGGGGCGAGGCGCCGGCCGCGGCCGCGGGCUCCCCGGCCCCAUGGAGGAGGUCGUGGAAGCGCUGGUCGCCCUCGGCAUCAGCCACGAGCGGGAGCUCAACAUGCACACCGACCGCGUCGGCGCCUUGGUGGUGCUCAAGGACGAGGAGCUCAUCGACGAGGUGUGGGAGCUGCGGAGCGCCUGGCGCCAGGCCGACAAGGACCGCAAGGAGCAGCAGCCAGACGACGGCCCCUUGCCCCCGCAUCCCAUGGGCAGCCAGCGCAGCAUGCUCUUCAAGGCGAUAUGCGAGUGGACGGCGUGCAAGCUGCAGGAGGCCGACCCGGGCAAGCAGGCUGCCACCGACCUCGCCGCGAUGCCGGCUGCAGAGGUCGACGCGUCCCUCUUCCGCUUCAAGCCGCGCCACGAGGACCCGAUGGCCGACAGGCCCUGGGUAUUCAUCAUCGUGUACUCGUUGCGGGUGCAGCCGGCCUUCCUGGAUGCCCUCGCGGCCGUCCAGGCCGUCACCGUCCCUGGCGUGCGGUUCGGUGUGCUCCACACGGACGAUGGCCCGAUCGUGCA